GUUACACACUCAAGGGAGCGGGCUCGUUACGCGCAACUUUUACGCACGUACACCGUUUGCGUGUCCGACCACAACAGGUGUUAUUUAUCUAUUUAUUUAUUUAUUUAUUUUUACAUCAACUGCAGCAUGGAUGAAGACACCUUUUUUACGUUUUGCUGAAGCGGGAGGGCUUGCAAGUGGUCCCGACGGGGGAGGGGUGGGGGGGAAACACAACAAGAGAGGAGCCGCGCUUGGGCGCAAACAUGAGCUUUCGCCGCUCCGUCUGGAGGAUCUUACACCUGAUUCUUGCCACCGUUGCAGCAGUGCUCCCUCAAGACUUGAGCACAAAGGAGCUGACUGAUGCGAAGAGCCCCCAGCUUUCCCCGGUCUUCCUGCCGGUCCGCUAUGAGGUCCGGGAUGCGGACUACCUUUUCUUAAAGGAAGCCGGGCAGGACUUUAUGAGGAAUUUCAGCAUGCAAAGUCACACGCAGCCCUUUGUUAUUCUGAGAGCUCGCCGCCAGCCGGCUGUCAACGCCAGCUACGGCCCCAUGUCCACGGAACAGCUCGUGCCUCUGGAUCUGGUCCAGUCCGUGCAGCUCUUUAACGCCCCGGACGUCUUCACCUUCAACUGGAAGAUCCAGGCCUUUGUGCUGACGCCUCGGGUUUUCUCCACCAAACCCAAAGUGCGGGUGCUCUUCUACGUGGCAGGGAGGGACUGGGCUCGGGAAGAGAGCGCCGUGGAUGAAUUGCCGUGUGUGACCGUCUACGCUUUCUGGCAAACCCAGGAGGUGAGGGGUUCCUGCGCCAUGGGAGGUGAGCGGGGUACGUGCAUGGCUGAGCUGCUCCCGUUGCAGGGCUGGUUCGCCCAGGGGUCUGAAAGCACCAGCCGGGAGCGACAGGACCCGUCGGCGGGGAACCUUGUGGAGCUCUACUACCAGGCGCAGCCCAAAGUCCGCGGGAAGUGCACCAUGCUGGAGGGGAGUCGUUGGGGAAGCUCGCAACAACAGCAGCAAGCGGAAUACGUUUCUGUCACUCCCAUGCAGAAGAUCGGCAGCGUGCGCCUCCUGCUGGUGCCUAAAGGAAUGGCCACGCUCUCUCGACUCAAACUCGGCAAUUCCAUCGUCAUACGGACGUCCUCCAAACCCCUGAAGAAGACGGACAUCGCGACCUUCUACGUCCUCAUGGCCAGCGCCGCUCCGCUGAGUAACUUCACUCUCAGAGCUACAAUUAAGAAUGGCGUGACCUUUCGCACGGCAACACCAAGUAACUCUUUACUGUGGGACAUCACGCUGGAUGUCGGUGCGGAUGGAGUCAUUGCUGUUCUUUGUCAGAAGAAGGCUCCCAUACAAGGAAAGAAACAUGAAGGCAGUCAUCUGGAGGUGCUUCAAAUGGAUUUUGAGGUUGACGAACUCAGCAGUCCUGUGGACAGUCAGGUGAUCAUAUGGAAGCUGGAGCUCCCGACCAAAGGUUCUGCCAAGACCGAGGGAGCUAUGAGGAUCUACACCACACAGAGAGACUUUAUUGGCCUGGCCCCUCUGGUAAUGGACACGGAGAUCCUGAACACGGCAGUUCUGACCGGAAAGAGGGUGGUGGUCCCCGUCAGGACGGUUGCGGUGGAAGAGGACGGCCUGGUCACGGAUGUGUCUCAAUACGCAGAGUGCAGCUCCACUGAUGAAGACGUUCUCAAGGUGUCCAACAGGUGUGACUACGUUUUUGUAAAUGGCGAUGAGACAAAGGGCAAAGUGAAGAUGGUGGUGAGCUUUACCUACAGCUACCUUAGCGUUCAGCUGGAGUUGAACGUGUGGAUGCCCCGGCUGCCUCUCCAGAUCGAGGUGUCGGACACAGAGCUGAGCCAAAUCAAAAGCUGGAGGGUGCCUAUACUAACCUUCAAGAGAUCUGGCUGGAACAGCGAAGUGGAUGAAAAAAAGGGAAAGGGCUGCACGCUGCAGUUUCAGCACGCCUCGGUGCGUGUGCUUACCCAUUUCGUGGCCGAUCGGGCGGACCCCCGGGACGCCAAGGCUUUCUUCCUGGGAUCCGACUGGCAGGUGGAUGUAACAAGACUGGUUCAAUACUUCAUGAAGGUGGAAGACCCCCGUGUGGCAAGGCUGCAGGCAGGGAGGGUGCUGUCAGGUCGGGACGUCGGGACCACCACCAUCCAGGUGCUCUCUCCAAUUUCUCACGCAAUAUUGGCAAAAACAACGAUAAAGGUCACAGAUGAAAAAGUGUCCAUUACUGAACUGGGGAUCCAGAUGGUGGCAGGUCUCGCAAUGACCCUUCAACUCAGCCCAGGAAGCAACAGGGCCAUUCUGGCAAGCACGGCAACACAGGAAGUUCUGCGCUUACCCAAACAGGAGGCUAUGAUCAGUGCAUGGCUGCAGUUCAGUGACGGCAUCCAGACACCUCUGGACAUUUACGAUCCAUCCUUUUACCGAGUCAUGGUGUCAUCUCUGGACCAGGGGGUGGUGUCAGUGCAGGGCACCCCUCCAUCUGUGGUGGCAGAGGGAGAGGGAGAAGGAGUUCUGGUCCGAGUGGAAAUGUCCAUUUGUGAGGUCUGCCAAAAGUCCAAACGUAAAAGCAUCGUAGCUGUGGGCAACGGCAGCCUGAAGGUCAAGUUCCAGGUGAAAAGCCGGCGGCUGGACGACAACGCUAAAAGUUUUGAUUCCGCGGAGGUCAAAAACAACAGCGGCGACUUCAGAAAUGACGGGGAGAAGACUGAGAGCGACAGGAAUCGAAGGAAGCCAUCACAGGAUCCUUCGCCGCGCAUCACGGCAUUGGAGAGAGACCAGAGCCCCCCGGCAAAGUUCGCAACCACAAUCAAAUCUACGGAAUGGACUUUCAUGACCAGCGGCAGCCUUGGGGGCGUGGGGAAAGCCAGCAAUUCGGGAAGCAGUCCAACCAGCGUUGUCAAUAUCAGUAUGAUGAGCGGCCCUGGUGAGAAAAGCAAAACAUACGGCUCCGACAAUACCAUCGGAGACAGUGUUCGCUUUACGAGUACUGUAAAAGGACCUGGCAACCUGCUCAACUCCAACAACUUUCCCACAAAAGUCAGUGCACCCGGAAAGAAGACGGUGGAGCUCGAGAGUAGCGGAGAAGAAAUGUUGGCAAACCGACCUCUGACAGACUUAGAGAUUGGUAUGUAUGCCCUUCUAGUGGUCUUUUGCCUGGCCAUUAUGGUUUUUCUGGUAAACUGCAUAUCAUACGUCGUUAAGUUCAGAUAUAAGAACUCUCCGUCACAUAGCCAGGAGCCCACCGGUCACAGGCACGACUGGGUCUGGCUCGGCACAGACGCCGAGCUGGUGAUGAGCGUCCCCGGAAGUCCGAUUCAGCAAGACUCCCGGACCGCCACCACCGUAAUAGACAUCGGACCUGAUAAAACGACGUCGUUGUCCAGAAGGCCCAGUUGCCUCGCAUCGGUCACGGACUCGCCCAUCAGCUGCAUGGGUUCCUUCAGGACCAAAUCCAUGCCAGGUGACUCCCUCCACUCACCCACCAGCAAGAGGAAGAGAGUCCACUUCACCACGUUUUCCACGUUGGAUCGCCAGCAUUCGCCGUAUCUUCCGCAGAGGGAGAACGGCCACGGAAUCCACUGGGUUGGAAAGGACGACAGUUGUGAGGAGGGAGCCCAAGUGCCCACAGUAGAGCUUCGGGACCACAUAUAAGAAGGAACCUGAUCGGACCUCACCAUUCAGGACAUGCGGCUUUGAUCACCUCAAUGCCUUUGCUGACUCAAACUGGGACAAAAACAAAGAACACUUACUACAUGUCAAGGCCUUGCAGAUGUACUGUAUAAUACUGUGAAUACUUGUGAAGAAAUACAUUGUACCCCUUUACACAAAGUUUAAUGCCACACUAUGCUGUUUCAGUGGGGCAAACAAGUAUUUAGUCAGCUACCGAUUGUGCAAGUUCUCCCACUUAAAAUGACGACAGAGGUCUGUAAUUUUCAUCAUAGGUACACUUCAACUGUGAGAGACAGAAUGUGAAAGAAAAAAUCCAGGAUUUCACAUUGUAGGAAUUUAAAAAAAAUUUAUUUGAAGCUAUUGAGCGAAUAGCUAUUGAUGCUAUUCGGCCAUAGCGUGGGUGUACCUAAUGAAGUGGCCCAUAGCAUGGCUGCCUUAUUAGCAUCGCCGGUAAAAUGUGCGGACCAAACGAUCAGGACUUUCGCAUCUUGUGACACUGGAGCAACUUAAAUCCGUCGAUUGGUAAGUGUUUGUUUCGCAAUAUAUGUGGCUAUCUAGUUUCAAAUGUACAUACAGCUAGCGUAAAUAGCAUGUUAGCAUCGAUUAGCGUAGCAUGUUAGCAUCGAUUAGCUGGCAGUCAUGCCGUGACCAAAUAUGUCGGAUUAGCACAUAAGUCAACUACGUCAACAAAACUCACCUUUGUGAUUUCGUUGACUUAGUCGUUGCAAAAGCAUUUGCAGGUUAUCCAUACAUCUCUGUGCCAUGUCUGUCUUAGCAUCGACGGUAAAAUGUGAAGACACUUUGGCACAUUCAAUGGGGGUCUGGCGGCAGAUUUCUUGCCAGUGGUGCAACUUGAAUCCCUCCCUGUUAGUGUUGUUACACCCUCCGACAACACACCGACGAGGCAUGAUGUCUCCA